AAAAGACUUGGAUUCGUCUUAAGAAAUUCAAAAGAUUUCAAGAAUGCACACGUGAUAAGACUCUUAUAUAACACUCUUGUCAGGAGCAAGCUAGAGGCCAGCUCCUGCAUUUGGAGUCCAUACGAGGCAUCUUAUUCACUCCUACUUGAAAAAGUUCAAAAGAAAUUCUUGAGGUUCCUCUACAAAUUUUCUCUGGGUUACUAUCCGUACAUGUAUCCAACAAAGUACCUUGCAGGAUGUUUAGGAUUUAAUAUGUUGGAUACUAGAAGGGCAUACAAUCAACUUCACAUCACACUCAAAAUCUGCAGAGGGAUCAUAGAUGCUCCUGAUCUCCACAGUGAGCUGAUUCGAUUGUAUGCCCCAAAUAACUACAUACGCGCCCGGAGGCACCGUCUACUAUCCGUGCCUGCAAGUCGUACCGUGGCCCGGGCAUCGUCCCCCAUUCCUCGCAUCCUGUCCGCGCUCAAUAGCCUCGUGGAAGCCUACCCUGACUGUGACCUAUUCAUGGACGAGUUUAAAGUUAUUAAAAAGAUGAACAGCCCUGCAUCGAGGCGGCGCCCUGCUCUAUUCUCUACCAGGCUAACUUCGACACCAACUUCGAGGACCGCAAUGGCUUCGUUACUGGUAUUGCUAAAUACAUUGAGGAGGCUACCGUACAUGCCAACUUAAACGAGCUCCUAGAAGAAGGUAACGACCACGCAGUGAUGCUGUACACGUGGCGUUGCUGUAGCCGAGCCAUCCCUCAGCCGCGCUCCAACGAACAGCCAGACCGAGUACAUAUAUACGAGAGGACCGUGCAAGUACUGGCGCCUGAAGUUGACAAGCUACUGCAGUUCAUGUAUUUUCAGCGCAAAGCAAUAGAGCGCUUCUGUGGCGAGGUCAGAAGACUAUGUCAUGCGGAGAAGAGAAGGGAUUUCGUGUCAGAAGCAUAUCUACUCACACUGGGAAAGUUUGUCAACAUGUUCGCUGUGUUGGACGAGCUGAAGAAUAUGAAGAGCUCCGUCAAGAACGAUUAUUCAACAUAUAGAAGAGCUGCACAGUUCCUGAAGGUGAUGUCAGAUAGUCAGAGCCUGCAGGAGUCGCAGAACCUGUCCAUGUUCCUCGCUACUCAGAACAAAAUCAGGGACACUGUUAAAGAUGCCUUGGAGAAGAUUAACGGGUAUGAAGAGCUGCUAGCAGAUGUAGUGAACAUCUGCGUUCAUAUGUUCGAGACUAAAAUGUACCUGACGCCGUCUGAAAAACAUAUGCUUGUCAAGGUAAUGGGUUUUGGUCUCUUCCUAAUGGACUCCGAGGUCUGCAACAUCAACCGCUUGGAUCAGAAAAAGAAGAUUCGUCUCGACCGCAUCGACAGGAUCUUUAAGAACCUAGAAGUGGUGCCUCUAUUCGGUGACAUGCAGAUCGCCCCGUUCAACUACAUCAAGCGAUCUAAACACUAUGAUAGUAGCAAAUGGCCCCUAUCAUCGAGCCCCAACCCUCCGUCUCCACAAGCGGACCUGAUGGUCCACCUGCCCCAGAUCCGAGAGGAGCAUCAGAACUACAUCUCCGAACUAGCCAGAUAUAGCAACGAGGUGACGACGACGUUCAAGGAGGCGGGCUCGGACGCCGAGAACAAGGCGGUGACGGAGCUGUGUCUGCGCGGCCUGCAGCUGUUGUCCUCGUGGUGCUCGGUGCUGACUGAGUUGUGUUCCUGGAAGUUGCUACACCCCACUGACCACGCCAGCAACCCGCGCUGCCCGCCGGACGCUGAGGAAUAUGAGAGGGCAACCCGCUACAAUUACACCUCAGAAGAAAAAUUCGCAAUGAUAGAAGUGAUAGCAAUGAUCAAGGGUCUACAAGUACUGAUGGCUCGCAUGGAGACAGUGUUCGCGGACGCGGCGCGACGCUCCAUAUACGCUGAGUUACAGGACUUUGUGCAGCUCAAACUGCGCGAGCCGCUGCGGAAGGCUAUCAAGAACAAGAAGGACUUGAUUCGCAGUAUAAUAGUGUCAGUCCGCGAGACGUGCGGCGACUGGGCGCGCGGCUGCGAGCCGCAGCAGGACCCCGCGCUGCGAGGGAAGAAGGACGCCGAGGCUAGCUUCACCAUCAAAGUGCCGCGCCGGAACGUUGGCCCCUCGUCAACCCAACUAUACAUGGUACGCACCCAACUAGAAGCCCUAAUUUCUGACAAGUCUGGCGGAAGACGUACUUUGCGCAAAGACCUGGAUGCUGGAACCCUGACGCAGAUUGAAACCUUCCAUCGACUUAGUUUCUAUUGGGGUUAUCUGCUGAAUCUAUCUGAUUCUCUACAAAAGUGUUGCGACCUGUCCCAGCUGUGGUACCGAGAGUUCUAUCUUGAGAUGACAAUGGGACGCAAAGUGAACAAAUGCACAGUUCAUCACCAGCACAACGAGGAGUGCAACGAUUUGAUCACGAUGGAGAAACGAAUCCAAUUCCCCAUCGAGAUGUCGAUGCCCUGGAUACUGACCGACCAUAUACUCAGGACUAAGGAACCGGCUAUGAUGGAAUACGUGCUCUACCCACUAGAUUUAUACAACGAUUCAGCGCAAUACGCGCUGACAGUAUUCCGGAAACAGUUCCUCUAUGACGAAGUCGAAGCGGAAGUCAAUCUAUGCUUCGAUCAGUUCGUAUAUAAACUGUCUGAGCAGGUCUAUGCUCACUACAAACAGCUGGCUAGCAGCAUGCUCUUGGAUAAGCGUUAUAGAGCAGAAUGCGCGGCCCGGGGCGCCAGUACGGGGGCGGCGCCCGGGCGCUACGCCUCGCUACUGCGCCAGCGACACGUGGCGCUGCUGGGCAGGCAUGUCGACCUCUGUGCACUCGUGGCUCAGCGCAUCAAUGCAGAUAUGCAUCGGGCUUUAGACGCAGCGGUAGCAAAGUUCGAAGCCGGAGACAUUACUGGCGUAGUGGAACUAGAAGGCCUCAUAUCAGUGAAUCGUCUAUGCCACAAGCUACUAAGUCGAUACCUAACUCUGGACGAUUUCGACGCCAUCCUCCGAGAGAGUGAUCAUGGCGUACUGGCGCCCUAUGGACGGAUAACUUUGCACGUCUUCUGGGAACUCAACUUCGAUUUUCUCCCGAACUAUUGUUACAAUGCGGCUACGGACCGCUUCGUAAAGUGUCGCGGCAUUCAGUUCGCGGCGGGAGUGACUCGAGAGAAGCCCCAGCAAUACGGGCACGCUCUACUGUGGGGAUCCAAACAGCUGAGUCUGGCCUACUCCGCGCAGUAUGCUCAAUAUGUCGGCUUCGUAGGCGCCCAGCACCUGCACGCGCUGGUGCGCCUGCUGGGCUACCAGGGCGUGGCCGUGGUGGUGUCGGAGCUGCUGGACGUGGCCCGCGGCCUGCUGCACGGGACCAUCGCCCAGUUCACGCGGGCACUCGCCGCCGCCAUGCCCAGGCAUUGCAAACUGCCUCGCUACGACUAUGGCUCCAAUGGUGUCCUAGGCUACUACCACGCCCAGUUGACAGACAUCGUGCAAUAUCCAGACGCCAGAACUGAGCUGUUCCACGCGUUCAGGGAACUUGGGAACAUUAUCCUGUUCUGUAUGCUUAUAGAACAAGCUCUCAGUCAAGAAGAAGUGACGGACUUGCUUCACGCGGCUCCAUUCCAGAAUAUUCUGCCGAGACCAUUCGCUGCAGAGGGUGAAAAGCCUGAAACGAAACAGAAACGUCUCGAAGCGAAAUACGCAGCGCUGCAGAUUGUGCAAAAUGUCGACAAAUAUGGUACCGCUAAGCAAGGCCAGUUGUCUCGCGAAGGCGACCUGUUGACCCGCGAGAGGCUGUGUUGCGGCCUGUCCCUGUUCUCCGUGGUCCUGCGGCGCCUGCGCGCGUGUCUGUCGGCCCCGGCCUGGCCCGCGCCGCCCGCGCCGCACCACCACGCGCCCGCGCACACAGACGACACCAACGAGUUCCACAGAUUGUGGUCAGCUCUGCAGUUCCUGUAUUGCAUUCCUGUUGGCGAUACGCAGUUCACCGUCGAGGAACUAUUCGGCGAAGGCCUCCACUGGGCCGGGUGUACGAUUAUAGCGUUACUGGGUCAGCAGAGAAGGUUCGAAGCGUUAGAUUUCUGCUACCAUAUUCUAAGAGUGCAGCGAGUCGACGGAAAGGAUGAGUCGGUUAAAGGAAUUCCCCUAAAACGUAUGGUGGACCGCAUCCGUCGCUUCCAAGUGCUGAACUCUCAAAUAUUCGGAGUACUAGCGCGCCAUCUAGCGGCCGACGAGGAGAGAGCAGGAGUCGAACACGUACGAUGCUUCCCACCGCCUUCUGCACCUAUACAUCAAAUGAAUUAAAUUGUAACACCAUUUGUAUAAGAUUAUGUUGUUAAAUCACCCUUUUAUAAGGCUAAAGGUAUUUUGAAACACCCUGUAUUACAUGAGAUUAUAUUUAGACACAUCCUGUAUGAUGACUUGUACAACAGCUUAACACCCUGUGUCCUAUGUAUAAUGUUAUUUAAACAGCCUGUUUGUAAGGCUGGACGUGUUUAAUAAAACCCUAUAUUAUGACUUGAACAACACCCUAUAUUAUACAAGGUUUUAUUCAGACCCUCCCUGUAUUUCGUCUUAAACAACAGAUUUAUUCUUAACACAAAUUAAUUAUUAUGUUUACGGCUUACUGACGAGGAACUCGACUAGUUUCAAGCCAUUCUAGAGGCUCAUAUUCAUGAGCAGCAUUCCGCGCCCCGCGACGCGGCGACUGUCUCUGCUAUUGGCUGCUCUGGUCCAAACUAGUCGAGGUCCUCGUCAAACAGUUACGUGAGCAAACUGGGAACAUAAUAAUUUAGUAUUACGGAAGUU